UAUUUUUUAAACCAGUGAGCAAUAAGAGGACGGCGAACUCGAUUAGUCAGGCCUCGCGGCAAAAUGGCGGCCAACGCGACUACCAACCCGUCUCAGCUUCUGCCUCUUGAGCUGGUGGACAAGUGCAUAGGCUCACGAAUUCACAUCGUGAUGAAAAGUGAUAAAGAAAUUGUUGGCACACUCCUAGGAUUUGAUGACUUUGUCAACAUGGUAUUGGAAGAUGUUACAGAAUUUGAGAUCACACCUGAAGGACGAAGAAUUACAAAGCUAGACCAGAUUUUGCUAAAUGGAAAUAACAUAACAAUGCUGGUUCCCGGAGGAGAAGGACCAGAAGUGUAAAUAAAGUCAUAUGCUAUCAUUGAAGACUUCCUGUUAAAGCUUGUGUAGGAAUAUAUUGAUGAAACCUGAUGCGUUUUUUAUUUUUUAUUUUUUACAUUUCUAUAAAGGCAAAUUUCCAUUUCAGGAAAAAGGCAUCGUUAACAAAGACUUUGUAAGUUAAAAUCAUGACUUUGUUGUAAAGGCAAAAUUAACUUGCUGUUCAGAGCAAGGCAAUAAAGAGGUUUUUUUUAAAAAAAAACACACCAUAUUGAA